GCAUGGCUCCAAAUGGCCCUCUGGUUCGGCAUCCCGUCCGGAUUGUGGUUCAGUUCGUUAUAGGCUGUCGAAACGGUUACACAACGGUUUUCCGGCGAGGCCAACCAAGCAGUAGUGUCAAUCUCUGUGCCGCCCUUCUACUGGUGUGAGUGCACAUUCGUUCGCGCGCGCAUUUCGAACCACCGCGAGUCAACGCUCACUGAGAUCUAAAGCCAGCAAAGGGGUAAAGGACAUGUGUUGUGUAAGGUUGUGAGGUUUAUCGGAAGAUACUGUGACACAAAGCCUACGUUGAUUCGUUUGAAAAAGUCAGCGGUUAGUACGAUUAUUUUGUGUGAAUUAUCAAACCGGAAGCGAGAUUGGUGUUCGGCUCCGGUGCGUGGGUGAGAAGGCGGACGAACAUAACAACAAGUACCCGUCUGGGUGGUUCGUCUACCCCCUCCAGAACCAGACAGCGACAUCAAGCAGAAACCGCAGAAGCAACUGGAAAAAGGGGAUUGUAAGGCGUGAGAUAAUCUGUCAAUCAGCUUGAAGUGAGGCUCGGGGCGGUGCCAUCGUGGGGACAACAUUCCUUGAAAAAAAAAGUGCUUAUCACUCUCAUUCGUGGCCAAUAGUUGCAUGUACUGCUAAUAAUUUAUCCAGUGUGUGUGUUGUAACAUCGCGUGGCUGGAGAAGUAAAAAGUUUUUUUUUUGCAUUUCCCACAGAAGCUCCCGACUUUGCGGAGUGCGGAAAAGUGUACCGUCGUUUGCCGUAAUCGAUUCCAUCCAUUCGAGCCGUUCCGGGCGCGUGAUAACGAACAGGCUUGUAACCUGAAGCUAACCGUCAACCGAGUGAAACUACAGUGGCAAAAUUGAAAAACAACGGCAGCAAAAAAAAAAAAGAGUGGUGAAAAGUCUGAUACCGUGUUAUAUAACUGACGCUCUAGCAGCGGAAGUAGGGCGGAAAACGCGAAACAACAAGUGUGGGGAAAGUUCAGAUCAGGUGUGUGCCGGGCUGUCGCGCAGGGAGGAAGCAUGCAUGACGCAGAAUUUCCAACCGUACCGGAAGUCGACUGGUUGUAAAGAGAGUGGUUCGAAGGACUGACAUGGGAAAUUAAGUACUAAUAAAGUAGGAGCGCUGCUGCAAGCAAUGAAAUCGAUUCGGUGAAUGUAAACGUCCUUAACCUUUUGAGUGUGAGACCGCGAGGAAGCAUCGCAGCAACCAUCGACCGUCGGUAGGAACCAAUUUCCCCAAUUCCCACCCCGUAGUUAGGACCAAUUUAGUGAGUCGAACAGCGACAAAAAAAAAGUGUGUGAAUAGAGUUCCAGUUCGUCACGGAAUUUCAGUCAACCAACCAAAGCUCUUCGGCAGAGAGACUGUAGCAGGGCCCCAACCACCGCCCCACAACAGCCGAAGCAAUGGGCAAAAAGAACUCCAAGCUAAAGCAGGAUACCAUCGAUCGGCUCACGACGGCAACCUACUUCACAGAAAAAGAGAUUCGACAAUGGCACAAAGGAUUCCUGAAAGACUGUCCCAACGGACUGCUGACGGAGCAGGGUUUCAUCAAAAUCUACAAACAGUUCUUCCCGCAAGGUGAUCCGAGCAAGUUUGCCUCGCUGGUGUUCCGAGUGUUCGACGAGAACAAUGACGGAUCGAUUGAGUUCGAAGAAUUCAUUCGGGCGCUGUCGAUUACAUCGAGAGGAAAUCUGGACGAGAAGCUGCACUGGGCGUUCCGGUUGUAUGACGUUGACAAUGAUGGUUUCAUAACGAGGGAUGAAAUGUACAACAUCGUCGAUGCCAUCUAUCAGAUGGUGGGUCAGCAGCCCCAGACCGAGGACGAAAAUACGCCCCAGAAACGAGUGGACAAAAUUUUCGAUCAGAUGGACAAAAAUCACGACGACCGGCUAACGCUGGAGGAGUUCCGCGAGGGUAGCAAAGAGGACCCCCGCAUCGUUCAGGCGCUUAGUUUAGGGGGCGAUUAACCAAAUGACGACUCGCGAGAUCAUGGGCCACCUCCGCAGCGGUCUUAUCAGUAUGACGAGCAGCACAAUAUCGAGAUCCGACCGGUGCCGGGUGGCAACAGCAGCGCCUACUAGAGGACAGACAACAGCACAGAAUUUAGAAAACAAACAAUGCGAAAUGAACGAUGUGAACUCUGGGGUACACGUGAUUGAGAGCUGUGGUGUUUUCUUUUCUCAUUUCUUACCUGCUGCUAGGUGGCUUUUGUGAGCGCGAGAUCGUUUUGUGUUCCCUAGUAAAUUAGGGAACGGGACGAAAACCAAAAAAAAAACACUUGCUUUCUAUUUCUUUUCCGUUGGCUGUUUGUUGUAAGAGGAAGCUCAAUAUUCUCCUCUUACUCUUGAUUUUUGUUUUGCUUAAAAGCAUCUUCUCAAAUUUUUGACUGUUCUAACUGUGUCUAGUUAAGGUUAAAGUGACUUAUGAAACAACAAACCUUAAGGGAAGGGGGUAAUCAAUUUCAAGAUAAAAAAAAAAUAAAAAUACAAUCGACUAGCAUUUACCAUCCUACAAGUAUCCUAUUUAAGAAAAAUGCUUCUUCUUAAUAAAAUAAACAUUCGCGUAUUUGAAAAACAAAAACUUUUAUGCAAUCUCAGAUUUAAGCAAAAGCGUCCAGCGCAAUCAAAUCAAUCUAAUAACAAAAUACAAGUUAAGUUUGCUUGGCUUUGGAUAGUGAAGCUACUAGAGUAAGAGAUAAGGACAUCGAACAUACUAAGCGCAGAACUGUUGGAUACGUUUUUUCAACACAACAAAUGAAGGAAAUUAGCACUACGCAAUCAUACUUGGAAACUGCAACCGUCAAAUUACCUUGAACAGAACGCACUCUCUCUCACACACACACUCAUACCACACUACAAAGAAGAAAAUCAGAACAAAAUGUGCACAUUCUAAUGUUUACAGUUUUCGCAAAAGAAGAAAUUCUAUUUACAACUCGGCCCGUUGGUGAGUGACACGCGUAAUCUCGACAGUACAGACCGAGGAAAGUAGAUAACAGUCGUGCUAACAGUUUUAGAUAAGUGUGUAAAUUUGAGUAAUAACAAUGCCAAAAAGUAACAGUAACGGAACCUAGAUUAUAUUUCAUUGAAUCCAAAGUAAACAAGAGGCAGCACCGCAUGUAAAAAAUGCAUUAUUUGUUACGAAAUUUUAAAGAAAAUCACAGCAAAAGAGGCGAUGAUAAACAAUAUUGAUAUUAAACGCUAAUUCUAUUGUUGUUAUUCAAAGAAAAUCUUAUUAAAAAUUAACCAAUAGGUGGGGCAAAUCAUUCCCGAAAAACGGGUAACAUAAUAACAUUCCAUCGCUGAGUCGAUUGAGUGAGAAGGCUGCGGCCAGACAGGAUUCGUUAAAGCAAAAGCAAUAAAAGAAAAACAACAGAAAAAAAAAACUUAAUCAAACUUGGCAAACGAUUAGUCUUGGAAGGAAACUUGAUUCGAAUGAAACUGAAGAAGGAACAUCAGCGAAGAAUAUUAACAGCUAGCUAACACCAAAAACCAAAAUUAGAAAACAAAAAAGUCAGUGUUUAGUAAAAUCAUUAUUGAAAACCAAAAUAAACAAAAACAAAAAAAUACCGUCACCGACAGUCAAAGCCAGACAAGUGAAAUCCAACCCAUCAAAGUAACCCGGUUAAUAGAACGCUGACGACGGUGACAGCAAAACAAACAAAAACUACAAACAUGUUAUUUUUAUACAGCAUUCGAAGAAGAAGCGUUGUUACAAACUUCAACUCCACAGAGAAGGAUGAAGAAAAAAAAAAUCAGAAUAUAAAUGUAUUGCAACCAUUUCGCCUGUCAUACACCCACACACACACCCACAUAUUGUUGAUAGUGAAACAUAAAUAACCGCGACGAACGGGUAGGCGUUGAAGGUGCGAGUGACAUACGGAUAGAUACGGAUAGGUGCUAAACAUCCCACCAAUUUGGAUUGAUGGCUGAUUGAAUCCAAAGUUUUCAAUUCUUUUUUUUUGUGCCGUUGCAGAUUUGGCAUCGCUUGCGUUGCCUUGGGAACAGCAAUGGUUUCUGAGGUGCAAAUGUUUGAUAAAGACGGAUUUGAUGGUGAUGAAAAUGGAAAGUUUUCGAACGGUUUCGAAAACAGCCCAAACGGCAAAAGCUCAUUCCUGAACUUUGGAACCUGAAAUAGAAUAAAAAGGAGGAUUAAUAUCGGAAAAAUAGACAUCACAAAAGUAACAUUGCACGACCAUAAUGUCCGGCAUAGGCGCUACACGUCCAGCCCCCUUUAGUUUACCCUGUAGUGUCAUCUCUGUCACUGAGUAUUGAGUGCAUUUCGAACUUUUCGAAAAAUUUCCAUCGAAUAAGACAUUUUAUGUUUAUGUUUAUGUUUAUGGAGUGAAUAUCUUCGCAUCCGCCCUGGAGGGUGACAGAGUAUCAGUAAGUUUAACGUUUCGAAUUAUUAGUUCAUUUAUGUAACUUUAUGAAUGUAAAACGAACUGAAAACUAAAGGUGAGAUAUAAAGAAGCUGAUAACUUGAAUAAACUCGAAACAGCCAAUCACAAUUCCCAUGGCAGAGCAGGAGAAAACCGCCAUGUUUGGGAACAAUUUGGUUCCAGUGGCACGUUACAGAACUGAAAUUAAUAAAUAGGGGAGACCGGGGCUCGGAGGCCAAAAAGUUGGCAGGUUGAUCGAGUGUCUUAUGAACAGGCUUUUAUGCGCAUUGGUCUAUUGAUCUAUCAUGUGUCGACCUACUUUCGGGCGUUUCGUUUCCCCCGAGCCGUUUGAGCCGCUUUCAUCUGAUUAUCCAAAGCGAGUGCACGAGCUGAUUCGAAGAAGCGUCAAGGUUGAUUGAUCAAAAUUUGGACCGAUUUCCCAAUAAAAGCACAAUCGGGAGAGGAGAAAAAAGGAAAAGUAAGCAGCGAGAGCUACAGAAAGUUUUGCUAAUGAUGCCGAAACUAAGUCUAGAAUAAUUAUAAAGACUAAGGAGUGAACGUUUAAUAAAAAGGCGGAUGGGUAAUGUCAGAGAAAUAACUGGACGACGAGAAUACAAAUGAAACUGACUUCUGUUUGCUCUUCCGAAUAUCAAUAAUCGUUCGUAUUAGUUGAUUGAUUGCAAGAAUUUUGCAACCUUUACUGCUUCGCUUUCAAAACUAUAACGAUGCAUCACACAAAUAAAGAGUAAAACAAUACAAUACACAAUAUUAUAAUUGUUUUUUUUUUGUAGAUUUAUAUACGCAGUCGUGAAAAACUGCGGAUGGUUCCGAGAAACUUCGAUUUGUGAAAUUUAUACGAUGUUUACAACUGUUCUGUACUUUUUGCCACAAUUUAUUUGUCUACACGAGUUCCUGAAUUUCUGGAUAUUUUUAGGAAUUGGAACUGAAUCAAAGAAAUGAAUUCAGUACGUGAGACUGACUCCAAAUUCAGCUGCAAAAUUCAAGUUUGGAUUCCAGAUCAAGAAUAAGUGAAAAGUUGACCAAUUUAGUUCUAGAAUUCUGGAACUGAACUUAAAUUCCGAACCUAAAUUGAGGAACUGAAUUCAGUUCCAAAAUCUAGUUCCAGAACAGAAAUUCCGAAUUCAAUUCCAGCAUUCUGAUUAUGAAUUCUGGUAGUGAAUUCUGAAACUGAAUUUAGGAAUUAAAUUCAGAAACUGGAUUCUGAAAGUAAAUUCUGAAACUGGAUUCAGGAAAUAAACUCUGGUCCAGAAGUCAGUUCCAAAAUUCUAUUUUGGAGUUCAAAUCUAAAAUUUUGUUUCAGAAUCCUUAUCUAGAAUUCAUAUCUGAAUCAGAAAUCUGGAUACGAAUUUCGAACUUAAAGCGCUAACUUCAGUUUCAAAAUAUAGUCAAGAAACCAGAUUCUUAGUUUUCACUUUUGAUCCUGUAUUCUGAAAAUAUAUUCUGGAACAGAAUUCAUUACCUUAAAUUAAGUGCAGAACUCAGAUGGAUCAGAAUUCAAGUUCUAAAUUCAAUUCCAAAAUCUAGUUCCAGAACCUAAGUUACAGCAUUCUGAUUUUUAAUUCUGGUAGUGAAUUCUGAAACUGAAUUUAGGAAUAAAAUGCUAAACUGAAUACUGGAUGAAAUUCUAAAACUGGAUUCAGCAAAUAAACUCUGAUCUAGAAGUCAGUUCCAAAAUUCUAUUUGGGAGUUCAAAUCUAAAAUUUUGUUUCAGAAUCCUUAUCUAGAAUUCAUAUCUGAAUCAGAAAUCUGGAUACGAAUUUCGAACUUAAAGCACUAACUUCAGUUUCAAAAUCUAGUCAAGAUACCAGUUUCAGUAACCAGAGUUAGAAUUCAAGAUUCUUUUGAUCCUGUAUUCUGAAAAUAAGUUCUGGAACAGAAUUCAUUACCUUAAAUUAAGUACAGAACUCAGAUGGAUCAGAAUUCAGGUUCUAAAUUCAGUCCCAAAAUUCAGCUCUAGAAUUCAGUUUCACACCAUAUCGAUGGUCUGUUUUAAUUAUUACUGCUUGAAGACGACUAUUCGCAACGCAAAUAAGAGUGUGAGCUAAUACGAGGUGAGUUUUUGUCAUUGUUGCCAAAGACAAUGUUUGAGUUAUUUAUGGUUAUCGCACACUGUUGAAAAUUGAAUCAUAAAUUGCUGAUCUUAUUUCUAAUAAAAUGGAGAAAAAAUAAUGUUGUUGAAUUUAGUAUAACUUGAGAUAUUUACGAUAAAAUUCUACCCAAUUCACUUCAAAAUUCUAACCAGAUUGAGUACAAAUAUUCCCAUAGCAAAACUCGGCCCUACUGUACUACUAAAGAAAUACUCGUUGUUCCUAGUCAAUUUGAGGUAAAAAUUGAAAAAGAAUAAAAAAUAUGAUUCGAGGAUAGAGACUAUAGGUUAUCGGACCUUACCUUACAACCUUACGUACUGUAAUUCACUGGUGAAGUGACAAUGAAAAUGUUAACGAUGUUGGGGUGGAACCAUGAAGCCGAGAAAGUUUCCACAUCCAUUACAAUCGAUGCAUAAUGACGUUUCAUUGUGAAGUCAUUUCACCGAACGUCAAUUCGUCAAAUGACAUCUCGCCGGAUGAGUCAAUUCGCCGAGGAUAAAUUUGACAAAUGUCUUACACGGUAAAAAAAAUGAUUGUAAAAUUGCUAUUUUGACCAGAGAUGCCAGGUCAUUUUUUCAAAAGUCUGUGAUCAAGCCAAAAACCUGUCUGUGCAAAAUCUGUGCACGUCUCCCGUGUCAUAAUAGCUGAGCAGAAUCAUUUUGGUGAGCGCUCUGUACUUUUUGGUGCUAAACUGUGAUCAAUUUAAAAAAAUCUGUAAUCGAUUGCAGAAUCUGUGAAAGUUUGUGAUCAUUUUCUGAAAUUUGUGCCAUUUUUCAAAUCUGUGCAGAAAGUUGAAAAUCUGAGAAACACAGAUUAAUCUGUGAACCUGGCAUCCCUGCUUUUGACGUGAAUACGUCUUAUUUUACUAUGGAGCGCCUUUCCUAAAUUCGUCCUGUUGAAGAAUGAGUAGAACUUAAUCAUGAAUAUCUCGAACUGUACUCAACGCGACAGAAUAAUGUUUUCUUCAUACCAUCAGGAAUAUGAUCAGAAAUUUAUGAUUAGAUUUUCAAUAGUGUGAGAUGGUCAUACACAACUAAAAAAUUAAUCUUCUCAAAAUUUUGGAAAAAAAUGAGGACAACCAACUGAACGAGUGAAAAAGGUCAACCGUGGUCGAAGAUCGAUCAUUGCUUCUUGUGCGCUUUGAAGGGACCGGACGUCAUUGUGAGGACCUUCCGCAACAGCAACAACGACGGGUCUUCUGAACUGAAUUAUACAACUGGAUUUUGAAGCUGAAUUCUGAAUCUAGUCCACCUGAAUUUUGAACCUAAUAAGGUUUAGAAUUCAGUUUCAAAAUUUAGCUCCUGAUUAAAGUAUCAAACGUUAAAACUAAGUCCCAAUCCUAGAUUCUGGAAUUAGAUUUUUGAAACCGGGAUCUGAUUCAGGAAUCCAACUUCUGAAUUCUGAAACGAAAUUCAAAAUUUGAAAUCUAGAUCUGAAUUUUGCAACUAAAUUCGAAGCCAGUCCUAGGCUCCGAAUUUAGUUCUUUAAUUCAGUUCCAGUUCCUGAAUACAAACGAUUAUUGAUAUUCGAAUGUGUGGAAAAAGCAUGUCAGUUUUAUUCGCAUUCACGCAAUCCAGUUAUGUCUCUGACAUUACCCACCCACCUUUUUGCAUCGGUAGACUAGUGCUGCUAGUCAUCGGAACGGAAAUAUUUGUCGUCCGGUUGAUUGUGGUACACCAAAGAGUUAUUAUAAUGUAACGCUUUGCAAUCAUUGGAGUCAGCUCACCUUUUUGAAAUUUUCAUUCUUACAAAUCUGUGCAAUGUUUGUUUACACAUACAUAAGGUCUUUUUUUACGCGGUCUUUUUUUAUGCGAAUUUUCAGAGUUAUGCAGUUUUUAUGCGAAGUUUCAGAGUUAUGCGGUUUUUUUUUAUGCGAAGUUUCAGAGUUAUGCGGUUUUUUCAUGCGGUACGUAAACUCACAUAAAAAAUGACUUCAGUGUAUUCCACGAUAACUAGUUGAGUGUUCAAUUGACUUGAAUUUUGAAAAUGUCGAAUCGACCUUUUGUCAAAUGGUGAACUGACUUUUAACGAAUCGGCAUUCAGUUAUUAUGUCCAUCGAAUUUAGCAUUCUGACUGCAUGUCCAGUUCACAGCGUUUGAGUUCAUCUCCGGUGUGUUACUGAAUAAAAGAAUCUGUGGUUUGAAACAGUUCAUCCUUCUAGCUUGAAAAAGUCCGCACAUUGUGAUUACAGCCAGAUUCCAUAGAAAAAUAAGAAACAAUUGAACAUAAAAAUUAAAAAAAAAAAUGCUCCUCGAUCUGUAAUUUAUCAUUGUUAGCUAGCGAGAUGCAAAAUGCACACAACUUUGGCACCCUUGAAUGGAUGUAAAAAUUUGACACUCGUUAAGCAGAAUGAGAGGGGGCGACACAGACAAAAGCUAUUAUUAUUGCCCGGCAGACACCGACAUCGGCACUUUGGCUUUCGGCCAUAGUUGUGUCGUUCCACCUGCCGUCCACAAUCGGCCGUUUGGCCGUUUCAUGGAGAAAAAUUUUCUGAAAUUGCAUUCUUUCCACCUUUGUUGAGCUUCUACACAAAGCUUCAUUGCAACCAGCUCCCGGUCAGGCAGAAUAGGACUGUUGACCCUCGCCGUGUGAAACAUCGCAGUUGGCCGCGAGAAUGCAGUGGUUAAUGGUGAUAAAUAAUUGCAGUGAAUGGGCGGUCGCGACGUUUCCGAAGAAAUUGAUUGAAAAAAUCCACUGGCAGAAACAUACGAAAGAGUAUCCAAAACCGGAAUCGAUAACUGAAUGAAAUAUUGUUGUUGGGGUAAUAUAAUCCUUAAAGAUGGCAGGCGAGUUGGAAAUAAAUGUCAAAGUUGCGCAUAGAUUUUCCUCCGCAGACGUCGCGACGAUGGUUGGAAACUGGCUAAUGGCUUCCUACACUAUGGAUUCUACUACGUGAAGUGGGAGAAUGUUUGUUCGCAACACCGGAAAUGAAAGAGUACAAUUUCGGAAACGUUUCCGUUUCGUCUUUUUAUUUCCACGAUGCCUUUUUAGCUAGCCUAGAAUGAACUCGAACGACCGACCGACCGACCGACCGACGCUGGAUUUAAUAGCCUGAUGCACUUGGCGCCACCUUUCAAUCUCGUUUGUAUUUACACCCGAGACCCACGACGGUCUGUUGAAUAGGUUGUGUGCACAGCCCAGGGUGGUGUAGGUGGAUUCCAUUAAUAAAAUAUUCAUUUGCUCGCUACGGAAUGCCUGUUUGGCGAGUGAUAUUUUUAAUGUUAUUUUACGAAUGAGUCAGAGGUAUUGUUUUUUUGUAUCAAAUGCAUAAAAAAGCAAUAUGAAUAUGCUUGAUAAUUAUUCAAUAUUAAUCACUUUUGUCACAAUAGGGGGGUUAUGUUCUGGAAACUAAAUAUCAGGCACGCCAAAGGCGCCAUCUACUGGAAAGUAGGGGAACACUAAAACUACUUUCUGGUAUGGAAAUGCACUUACUAUUGAAUUUAUGGUGUGGUUCCCCUAAUUUUCACAUUCCACACGAAAUGACAGCUAACAUUAAAGAUAAGUAACUAUCAGGACUUCUGUGGAUUAGUAAACACUCGCACUUCACGCCAACCUGACAAACCUAGCAUAGAAUGAAUACACAAAAAAAACUUAAUAAACCACAAACAGGCAAAAAAUAAAUCAAGAAACUUUGUUCAACAGACUGCAACACUACUCUCAUAAACACAAGAUCUUGAUGAUGGGCAAUCCGUUUCUAUUAAACUAACUGACAGAAAACUGAAGAAAAUCGGAAGAAAACUUGUUCUCAGAUUCCUAUAUGUGUGUGUAACGAAAGUCAAACAAAUAAAAAUCUCUUAAAACUCUCACCUGCUAACAAACGAGCAUACCUUCUCAAGUGAAAAAUAUAACAACAUAAGAAAAAAAAAACAUUGAUUAUUUAAAGUGAUACAAAGAGAAAAAGGUGAAAUUAUUUCAAGCAAAACCAAACAAACCAAAGGAAAAAAAAAAGUUACAUGAUUAAAUAAAAAAAUCUUACAAAAACUUACAA